AUGGCUCACUCUAGCCAAGGACAAUUAAUUCUUAUGGAAGAGUUCCAAGGGGAUCGUUCAACAGAGCUGAACCAUAACGGAACAGAAGAUGCGGUGCAACGUUCGCUUCCACCCACGGAUGGCGGUAGAGACGCAUGGUUGGUAUUAGCUGCAUGUUCAAUCACAGAGGCGCUGAUAUGGGGGUUUCCUUUUGCCUUUGGUGUUUUCCAAGAGUACUAUUCUAACCUAGAGCAAUUUUCCAAGAAUAGCCAUCACCUUGCUGCUAUUGGUACUACUGCAACGGGUGUGAUGUAUAUAACUGCGCCUAUUGUUUAUGGGAUUCUUCGAAGAUACCCAUAUUAUCGAAAAGCAAUUAGCGCAAUUGGCUUCAUUAUUGUAGUAGUAAGCCUGGUUAGUGCUUCUUUUGCAAAUACCGUCUCGCAACUUCUGGCAACACAGGGUAUACUAUACGCGUUUGGCGGAUCGUUGCACUAUUUCCCAGCUUUUCUUUACCUGGAUGAGUGGUUUGUUAAACGCAGAGGACUGGCAUAUGGCAUCUUUAUUGCUGGCGGGGGUGCCUCAGGGAUUGUGGUGCCAUUCCUUAUGGAAUGGAUUCUACACCAUUGGGGUUUUCGGACUGCCCUCCGUGUUUGGGCUAUCAUCUGCAUUGUGAUUACUGUUCCAGCCUUUGUCGCCUUAAAACCACAUCCAGCAAGUAUUCAUUCUCAGCGAGUCGGCCAAAAGCUGGAUUUUCGGUUCCUCAAAAGCCCUGCUUUCUGGAUUUUGUUUAUGGGAAACAUCGUUCAGAGUCUUGGUUAUUUCAUGCCACUAUUAUAUAUGCCAUCAUUUGCAGCAGCUCAAGGCUGGUCCCAUCUUACAGGUACAAUUGCUAUAUCACUAUGCAAUGGCGCUUCUGUAAUAGGAGCAUCGUUUGUUGGCUGGCUAAUUGACCGUUACCAUGUGACAACGGCUAUCAAUUUCUGCACUAUAGGGACUGUAGUUGCCGUGUUCAUGUUUUGGAGCUUUGCGCUAUAUCAGCCUCUGUUUUUUAUCUUCGCUAUAAGCUAUGGUUUAUUCGCCGGGGGGUUCUCUGCAACAUGGUCCGGCUGUAGUAAUCCCAUACGCCGUGGAUACCCGGUUGAGACUGGCAUGGUUAUCUCACUUUUCACUGCUGGAAAAGGGAUUGGUUCUGUUAUAUCCGGUCCCCUUAGCGCAAUCUUGGUUACGUCUGACAGCUGGAGGAGCCAACUAAGAUUUGCGUAUGGCAGUGGUUACGGGCUGUUGAUUAUAUUCACUGGUAUUACAGCUUCAUUUGCGAGUGUGGGAUGGGUUGGGAAAAAAUUUGGGCUGGUUUGA